GCGCCUGCGCAGAAAGCUCUCGACGCUAAGAGGCAGGAGGCACUUGGGAUCGUCCGCAGGGCUGGGACUGCUACAGAGGCCGCCACGGAGCCCGUCGGAGCCACCGUUACUCCUGCUGCUGCUGCCGCCCGAAUCGGAACUGUCGGGCCGCAGCCGCCGGCAAUGCCGCGAAGGAAGAGGAAUGCAGGCAGUAGUUCAGAUGGAACGGAAGAUUCCGAUUUUUCUACAGAUCUCGAGCACACAGACAGUUCUGAGAGUGACGGCACAUCCCGCCGGUCUGCCCGCGUCACCCGCUCCUCAGCCCGGCUCAGCCAGAGUUCCCAAGACUCCAGCCCUGUUAGAAACUUGCAGUCCUUUGGCACCGAGGAGCCUGCAUAUUCCACCAGAAGAGUGACCCGUAGUCAGCAGCAGCCCAACCCAGUGACUCCGAAGAAGUACCCACUUCGGCAGACACGCUCGUCUGGCUCGGAAACCGAGCAGGUGGUCGAUUUCUCAGAUAGAGAAACAAAAAAUACGGCGGAUCAUGAUGAAUCACCACCACGAACUCCAACUGGAAACGCACCUUCUUCUGAGUCGGACAUAGACAUCUCCAGCCCCAACGUAUCUCUGGAUGAGAGCAUCGCCAAGGACAUGUCCCUGAAGGACUCAGGCAGUGACCUCUCCCAUCGCCCCAAGCGCCGUCGCUUCCAUGAAAGCUACAAUUUCAAUAUGAAGUGUCCUACACCUGGUUGUAAUUCUCUAGGACACCUUACUGGGAAACACGAGCGACACUUCUCCAUCUCAGGAUGUCCGCUCUACCACAACCUCUCCGCUGACGAGUGCAAGGUGAGAGCACAGAGCCGGGAUAAGCAGAUAGAAGAAAGGAUGCUGUCCCACAGGCAAGAUGACAACAGGCAUGCAACCAGGCACCAGGCACCAACAGAGCGGCAGCUGCGAUAUAAAGAAAAGGUGGCAGAACUUAGGAAGAAAAGAAAUUCUGGACUGAGCAAAGAACAGAAAGAGAAGUACAUGGAACACAGGCAGACCUACGGGAAUACUCGGGAGCCUCUCCUGGAAAACCUGACAAGCGAGUAUGACUUGGAUCUCUUCCGCCGAGCACAGGCCCGGGCUUCAGAGGAUUUGGAGAAAUUAAGGCUGCAAGGUCAAAUUACAGAGGGGAGCAACAUGAUUAAAACAAUCGCCUUUGGUCGCUAUGAGCUCGAUACUUGGUACCAUUCUCCCUAUCCCGAGGAGUACGCACGGCUGGGACGUCUCUACAUGUGUGAAUUCUGCUUAAAAUACAUGAAGAGCCAAACGAUACUGCGCCGGCACAUGGCCAAGUGUGUUUGGAAACACCCGCCUGGAGAUGAGAUAUAUCGCAAAGGCUCCAUCUCGGUGUUCGAAGUAGAUGGCAAGAAAAACAAGAUCUAUUGCCAAAACCUGUGCCUGCUGGCCAAGCUCUUUCUGGACCACAAGACGUUAUACUACGAUGUCGAACCCUUCCUGUUCUACGUUAUGACAGAAGCGGACAACACUGGCUGUCACCUGAUUGGAUAUUUUUCCAAGGAGAAGAAUUCAUUCCUCAACUACAAUGUGUCCUGUAUCCUUACCAUGCCUCAGUACAUGAGACAGGGCUAUGGCAAGAUGCUCAUUGAUUUCAGUUAUUUACUUUCCAAAGUGGAGGAAAAAGUGGGCUCCCCAGAACGUCCGCUUUCAGAUCUGGGGCUCAUAAGCUAUCGCAGUUACUGGAAAGAAGUGCUGCUCCGCUACCUGCAUAAUUUCCAAGGCAAAGAGAUUUCUAUCAAAGAAAUCAGCCAGGAGACGGCUGUGAACCCCGUGGACAUUGUCAGCACUCUGCAAGCCCUUCAGAUGCUCAAGUAUUGGAAAGGAAAGCAUCUGGUUUUAAAGAGACAGGAUCUGAUUGAUGAGUGGAUAGCCAAAGAGGCCAAACGGUCCAACUCCAAUAAAACCAUGGAUCCAAGCUGCUUAAAAUGGACCCCUCCCAAGGGCACUUAAAGUGACCCAUCAUUCUGAGCCAGCGAACCCCAGCAGUAGGAAUCCAUCCCCUAGGGAUCUGUCUGUCAUUUCUGUUGCUCUUGUGAUUGGCAAGUGCAGUACCCUUUGGGAAGGCCACGCCCCUCAGGACUGUCCUGGCUCCGCCCUCGUGUACACUGCAGACGCUGGUUCUGAGGAACUGUUGUUUCGGCCUCAGUGAGGUUGCCUGGAUGGGACCCGCACCAGCCUUGGGUGCGGCUCCCUCAUAGCACUGACCCAAGGAGAUCUGUUCCGGUACUGUACCUGUCCAGUCACUGGUUCUGCCUCGUGUCCUCUGCCCCAUGAGGUGUGUCGUGUCCUCUGAGCUUUGUUCUAGUGCUUCUUGCCACCUGGUCACCAGACCUCCAAGUACGGUUGCCCUGGCCAGGGUCUUUGCGGUGUCCCCUUCCAUGCGUGUGUGGGGAGGGUUGGGGAAGGGGUGGCACUUCGGACCGUGCACUCACCGGGAAGGGGUUGUUCACCUCAGACUGCACCUCGCUGUCCCUUUUAUGCCUCCCUUUUUAUCCGUAUCGGGCUGACCAGAGCCAAGGACUUGCGAAGAGCUUCCCAGGGAUUGGCCUUGGGAGCAGUGAACAACCCGUCUGAGUCAGAGGACGGUGAGCGGAACGAGAGCCAGCAAUUCUGUACUGCCCUGCGCUCACCUCCGGGCAGUGGGCAGUCUCGCUGGAAGAGAACGGAUGCUUCUUUUCACCUCACCAAAAAGUGCCCAGCAGUGAACGUGCUCUCUUUGCCCCUUGGCUCUUUUUAAUUUUGCAGGUGCCAAAAUAAUUUCCAGUUCUCUCUAUCAUGCUGCGUGAUAACUGGUUAGCUCUGCCGCACAAACCUCUACCGGCACAUCAGGUGCACUGACUUUGCCCGGAGCCUCUGGGAGAAGUUGAAAGUGGUUGGAAAUGAUUUUGGCGUCGCAGCCCGUGACUCAGCGAGCGAGGCAGCGUGGCCGCCCAGCCGAGGUUUGCUUCUCAACAGCGUCGCCCCCUCCUGUAGGAUGAAGUGCUUCCGCCCCCCAAAAGCCCCUCCUCCUCUUCGGGAUGCCCCACCGUCCUCUCCUCUGGUCUCCUAUUUUCGGUGUUGUCCGAGUGCAGGAAGAGAUGCUCCCUCUAAUUUCUCCCGCGCCCGUUAUAACCUGCUAUCUUGGGGCCGCUUUUGAUGUCUGACAUGUCGCCCUUCCCAGCUCGGUCUCUGACACCGCUGUCUUCACGUGGCGUCCUCACCACAAUCCUGACUCUGGUCAUUUGUGCCUUUCUCGCGUCAUCUCUGUACACUACUUAUAUUCACUGUGGGUUGUGGGGAGCUGAUUUUAAGCAUGUUCUGUGGUGGCUCCCUUCCAGUGUCACUGUUGAAACUUAUCCACAAGCAACUUCACUGGGGGUUUUCUUAAGGGGUGAAGGCCUUUUACAGAUGCCACGUCCUUCUCCGCGUGUGGUAGAAUGUGCUCUUCUGUAUCUACUCAAUAAAGCAUGUUCUCUGCUCA